UCGUCGUCAUCGACGACGAUUGCUCAUCGAUUUCUUUACUUACAAUCAAAUAUCCAAUCCAAAAUUUAUGUGAACCCAAUAAUUUUCUCCCAUGCCUCCCAUCGCCGCCCGUGACGUCGCCGUCAUCGGUGCCGGAGCAGCUGGGCUAGUAGCUGCCCGCCACCUCCGGCGCGAGGGCCACUUCGUCGUCGUGUUCGAGAGAGAAUCCCAAGUCGGAGGCACCUGGAUAUACACCAACAAAACCGAACCCGAUCCGAUCGGCGUCGACCCAAAUCGUCCUGUAGUCCAUUCAAGUCUCUACGCGUCUCUCCGGACUAACUUACCCCGAGAAGCAAUGAGCUUGAGGGAGUACCCGUUUGUAGCAAAGAAAACGGGUCACAGAGAUCCAAGGAGGUUCCCGGGUCACAGAGAAGUGUUGGAGUAUUUAAAGGAUUACGCCACCGAGUUUGCAAUCGGCGAGUUAGUUCGAUUUGACACGGAGGUGAGCCGGGUUUCGCAAGGAGAAAACGGGAAGUGGGAAGUGAGAUCAAUAAAGCGAAAAGAAGAAGAACAUCAUCUCGAUGAAGCUUUUGAUGCUGUCGUUGUUUGUACAGGACAUUAUACAGAUCCUCGAAUCGCACAGAUUCCAGGCGCCGAUCGGUGGCCGGGGAAACAGAUUCAUAGCCACAAUUACCGUACACCGGAGCCCUUCCAAGAUCAGGUUGUGGUGAUAAUAGGGAGCUCUGCAAGUGCUGUUGAUAUUUCUAGAGAGAUUGCAAGUGUUGCUAAGGAAGUCCAUAUUGCAUCUUGGUCGACCUCUAAUGAAGAAGAUCAAUCACUACCUGGAUUCACCAACAUUUGGCUACGUCCUAUGGUAGAGAGUGCUAAUGAAGAUGGUAGUAUCUCAUUUCAACAUGGGUUCAAGAUCUCUGCUGACAUUAUUCUACAUUGCACAGGGUACAAGUAUAGUUUCCCAUUUCUUGAUACCAAAGGUAUCGUGACAGUUGAUGACAAUCGGGUGGGCCCACUUUAUAAGCACGUCUUCCCUCCAUCAUUAGCCCCUUGGCUUUCUUUCGUUGGAUUGCCAUGGAAGAUCGCUCCUUUCCCCCAAUUUGAAUUCCAAAGCGAAUGGAUUGCUGGCAUAUUAUCAGGGAGAAUUUCUCUGCCAUCACCAGAUGAAAUGAUGAAAGAUGUCGAAGCAUUUUAUGCAUCAUUGCAAGCAUCCGGUGUGCCAAAAAGAUAUACGCAUAAUAUGACUGGCUACCAGUUUGAGUAUAAUGACUGGAUUGCCACUCAAUGUGGGUCCCCAAAAACGGAAGAAUGGAGAAAGAAAAUGUAUUCUGCAGCUUCUUUGGGUAGAAAAGAAAGACCCGAGACUUAUCGUGAUGAAUGGGAAGAUGAUGAUUUGGUUUUGCAAGCUUAUCAAGAUUUUACGAAGCAAAUCUCUUUUAAAGGGGAGUCUUAUUAACAAGGGAAGGUCAAAUAUGUAAUUUUAUGUUGUUCAUUUUGAAAAGUGUUAUUUGCUAAACCCUUUUUUUUGUAUAGAACAUGGCUACAAAAUAAUGAAUUUGUUUAGGUAAUUAUAUCAAUAAAAGAUGAAAUUAAUGAUUAAAAA